CACUGCUCACUGGUAGAAAAAUAUGAUCCCGAGAAGAGCUCGUGCGCUUCAACAGUCAAGACAACAAUUUAACUGCGACUAAUUUCAAGUAAAAUCACAGACCAUCACUGAGUCUGGUCCUUGUUGAACUGUUUUCCUCUGCAUUCUCUACCUCUUCUUUUCUGCUCUGGAUCUUCCGUGCCAGAAAAUGUGUGUGGAUAGAGAUGGAUGCGAGAUUGAAGGCUGCAGCAGUUCGGAUGAGGUGCGCACGCUAUCGGGCAGCAUGAGUCCCGGACUGAAAUCCAACCCGGACCUUCACCCGUGCAAGCCGGGGCAGAAAUUCCGCGCCGCGCUGCUCAGAUGCCGCACACCGGCUGCUGCCGCCGGGAUCCUCAGUUUUGGGAACGUCCUCAAUUACAUGGAUAGAUACACUGUAGCCGGGGUUCUGCUUGACAUCCAGCGGCAUUACGAUAAAUCAGACAGUGCAAUCGGCUUGUUGCAAACAGUCUUCAUCUGCAGCUUCAUGGUGGCAGCUCCCAUCUUUGGUUACCUGGGCGACCGCUUCAACAGAAAGGUCAUCCUGAGCUGUGGCAUUUUCUUCUGGUCCAUUGUUACUCUGUCGAGCUCCUUCAUCAGUAAAGAGUACUACUGGCUGUUUGUGCUCUCCAGGGGACUGGUGGGUAUCGGAGAGUCCAGCUACUCCUCCAUCUCUCCCACCAUCAUAGGAGACCUGUUCACUAACAACAGCCGCACCAUGAUGCUCUCUGUCUUCUACCUGGCCAUCCCCCUGGGAAGCGGGUUGGGUUACAUACUGGGCUCCAGCGCCAAGGUGGCUGCAGGAGACUGGCACUGGGCACUGAGGGUGUCCCCUGUUUUAGGGAUCACUGCGGGAUCUCUGAUACUCGUCUUCGUGCCUGAGCCAAAGAGAGGCAGCGCGGACCAGAUAGGAGUCCGGAGGAGCACUUCCUGGUUCUGUGACAUGAAGGCGCUCGCCAAGAACCGGAGCUACGUGUUCUCCUCCCUGGCGUCCGCGGCGGUGUCCUUUGCCACAGGUGCGUUUGGCAUGUGGAUCCCUCUGUACCUGGCCAGAGCCCAGGUGGUGCAGAAGACAGCAGAGGCCUGCACAAAAGAAAUCUGCAGUAGCACAGACAGCCUAAUCUUCGGGGCAAUCACCUGUGUGACGGGUCUGUUAGGCGUGGUCAUCGGGGCGGCCACGACACGCCUGUGCCGCAAGAAAACAGAGCGAGCCGACCCUCUUGUGUGCGCUGUCAGCAUGCUGGGCUCGGCUAUCUUCAUCUGUCUCAUCUUCGUGGUUGCCAAGAAGAGCAUCGUAGGAGCUUAUGUUUGCAUCUUUAUCGGAGAGACGCUGCUGUUCCUGAACUGGGCCAUAACAGCAGACAUUUUAAUGUUUGUCGUUAUCCCCACACGGAGAGCAACAGCGGUCGCCUUUCAGAGCUUCACCUCUCAUCUCCUGGGUGACGCAGGAAGUCCUUACCUGAUAGGCCUGAUCUCCGACGCCCUUCAGCAGAGCUAUGCUACGUCAGCGUUGUGGCGGUUCCUCAGUCUGGGCUAUGCCCUCAUGCUCUGUCCCUUUAUCAUUGUCCUGGGGGGCAUGUUUUUCCUGGCCACUGCGCUGUUUUUCCUGGAUGACAGGGAGAAGGCAGAGAAACAGUUGAGCCAAUCGGCACGAACACUCUCCUCAGUCAAGGUAUGACCAGGUGACAACCAAAUGAGAAGCCAUCUGAAGGAGCAGCCAAACUCAAUAAGGAUGACAAAAUGGAGAUAAAAGGCGAGGGCAGCUGAUCCAUUUCUUUUAAACCACGCCCAUGUUCUCUUCACUGUCGUCACCACGACGAUCCUCCUCCUCCUCCUCCUCCUCCUGACUCCUGCUGCUCUUCCUUUUUACACGCUCAUAGAGGCUGCUCAGAACUGGAACAAGGGAGCGUCUUGCCCCUUCUUGAAAUGUCUCUAAAUCACAGGCUAGUGAGAAGCCGGCUGACCGGCAGCUGGUGUCCCAAUCGCCUCUGUCUGUGAGGAUCCACUGAACCUUCCAGGGAGAAGGUGGGGUGGCAAAAUUCCCCUGACCCCUCCAACUCCUGAUGCCAUACUACUGAAUGCUGACCAUGAACCUGCCCUGUCUGUCUGCCUGUCUGUCUGUCCAACGGUCUGUCUCUUAUGUGUGUGUCUGCUACAUCGGCUGUUAAUCUGCACCAAGUGCCAUAGUGUCAUUACAUUCCUUCAGACUUUGCACUGACCCCCCAUCAAACGUCAUGACCGUUACUGACUAUGUUUACAUGCACACUAUAAUUCAGCCUUUAGCUAUGAAAUUAGAAAUACGCUGUUUCUAUUUGCUAGACAAUAGAAGGAGCAUCAUUUGUAAACUGCAGUCAUAAUGCUCCAUUGGUGUUUCUGUUGCUCCAACGCAAAUUUUUCACAAUUCAAUCUGCCCUUGCUUUCAACACUUGGAGCCUGUAAACGGACAGAAGCUGUAAAAUUCAAGUUAUGAGGGGCAAGUGAUGCAACUCGUUAAAAUGUACUGCAGGAAUGUCAUUCUCACAGUGUUGUGUAUCUGUUCAAACAUGCCUCCAAUAAUGUGACUAAUGUCAGAUUACUCUGCACAUCUUAAUCGCAGUUUUAACAACAUGAACUUCUAACAUAAACACAGUGUUUACAUGAGGAUUGCAGUAUUCAGCACAAUUUGGCUGUGCAUGUAAAUAUAGCCAUCAACCAAGAGCCAAAAAGUGUUACUGUCCAAAGGUCAGUGAAUCAGCCUUAAAAAAAUGGAGCUUUCACAUCAACAGCUGUUUGUUUUGACCCCCACAUGUUUUUUAUUUUUAGCUUUUAGCACUUAGGUCAGUGCAGACAGGGCCAGAGAACAUGACAGAGGUUAGAGAUUUAUGCACAUUAUUUUUCACAAGGUUUCUUUUGAUUUUUAAGAUUUUUUUCUUUGUGAGUGAUGUUGGAUUUAAAACUGGAGGUUCCUGCCUAUGAUUGUUUCAGAAGUAUGAUGAUGCACUCGGGCAAUUUAAAGCGGACACUGGAUUAUAUAUUUUAUAAUUUAUAAUGUACAUGCUUUUCCCAAAACUAAAUUAUAUGCUACUCUUUUGACUUUGAGGGAGUAACACCUGUGUUGUUGUUUUUUUCUUUUUUUUGUGUACAUGAGAAGCAAUACAGACAUUUUUAAGGAAACCAACCUUUUUAUCCACACUGCCUUAUCAGUGAGCUAGGUUUCCCUUUAAUGUCAUAGCUCUCUGAUGGUUGGUUUUGAAUUUCUGGACACAACACCCACUCAGAGAGGGAGUCCCUUUUAAUGAUGGAGUCCAGUCCAGUCCACACUGGUUACAAUAACAGACAUUGUGAAAAGAGACCUUUCCCCCUUGCAAUUGUAGAUAUCCCAUUCCACGAUUAGAAGAAAGGACAUUUGAGAAGAGCUGGAGUCACAGUCAUCAGGUUAUUACUGAGGGAAAUCAAAAUCCCAGACAGGAAAAAGAAAUCCUUCGGGCCCAGGUUAGACUGAUUGCGAGCUCUUAUCGUUGAUAACGGAUAAGCGAGGAAUCCCCCUUUGAAACCAGACAAGCAUGUCCUCAGAUGUCUCUGCAGGAGCAGACAACAGAAUCCCCUUCAAUACCUGCCCCAGAAAACAACACAAGAACCAGGCGUACACAAUAAACAAAACCUGGAUUUGAUUUCAUCACACUCUGCAUUAAUUACAGUGUCGUGUUUGUAAUUAUGCAAAUUGAAUGCAAACUCCCACAGGGAAGAAAAAAGUCUGCUAUAGUUGCUUGUAUAUACAAAGCUUUAGGCAAAAUCUUAAUUAGAAACCACAUUGAAGGACCGUUUUGUUGUAUAUUAUCUGGUGGAUACAAUUUUUCUGAAACCUUGAAGCCACUUAAGGAGUCAAAGGUUUUAAAAUGUGUGCAUAAAGGGCAAAAAAGCACUUUGCAGACCUCCAAGAAAACACAGAAGAAGGAUGGAUUGACCUUAGUGGAGGAAUAAAGGGAAACAUUGAGGUGGUUCUUGUAGCAUUGAUGUGUGAGUAUGACUCACUGGCUGUGUGUGGGGUGCUGUGUGGGCUGUGUCCUUGUUGCCAGAUCAUUAGCUUUAGCUUCCCUCCAACUGCGUGGAGCUCUCUGAAUGUGAUUCUGUCCAACCUGACGUGUUUACACACCUACAUCUUCUUAAUGAACUAAGCUUCUUACCUUCCUUUUAUUGAUUUUCUUUUUUUUUUUAUAUGUUACCAAAUGAGUCCUUUUUUAAAUAACUUCUAUAGAUAUAUAUAUAUAGCUAUAUAACGCAGCAACUUUAAUAUAUUGUAAAUGAUGGCUUGGAUGCAAUGUAUUUAUUUGUUUGUUACCAUAAUGAAGAAUAAUCUAUAAAGGGAAGUUUAAUGUUUGAGUAUACUACACUUUGCUAUGUGUCAUUGGGUUUUAGAAAUGCCUGUUUGUUCAUCCUUUUGUAUCACAAUGAAACAACACAAUACCUUUCUACAUCACUAAGAUUCAUCCUGCUUACUGUGAUCAUAAAUUGGACGUCUCACACAUACUACACACAAAAGGAGCCGCAAUGUGAUGGUUUUAAGAAGACAACGUAUUGGUCUCAUGUUUAGGGUGCAAUACUUUUGCAUUAAUUUUUGUAGCUCUUGUAAAUGUUUUUCUCUUUUUUAAGAACAACUGAUCAAACCAUUUUGCACACUUAAUGUUCAGGGAUUUAUUUGAACCAUAGCCUAGCAUCAACUUAACAGCCUCUGCCAUGGAGGACUGUCCCUUCAUGCUUGUAGUGAGUGCUGACAUGUUGUCAUCUAUUGUCAGAAGGGACGUUGGCUCUGGUCAGAUGGGUCAUGAAUUAAGUUUCACUUUGCCAAAUUUAGUUUAUUUAGCACCAAUCCUUUAGGAGUAUAAGUCCAGUGUAUUGAGUAAUUAUAUGUUAAUAAUCACUGAAGUGAUGUAUUGAGAAUGUGCUAUUUCUUGUCAUACAAGAAUCAUGUAUAAAGCAACCUUUUUCUGAUGUUGAGCAGAAAUCAGAGGUUAUUUUUAUUUUUAGAGCAAGUCAAUACAAGAGAAGUGUCAGAGAAAUCAAAGGAUAUUAUUCUAGAACUGAACUGUGACGCUCCCUUUGGGGGUUGAUAGAAAAUGUACAUGUCUGUAAAUGAAAUAAACCUAUUUAAUCACUUCA